UGUCAACAUGUUUUUUGCAGUAACAGUUUUUUUUUAUGAAAGUCAGCCACUUUUUAAAUGUUCAUUUUUUGCCUACGUGUUACACUUGCUGUAUCAGCCAAACUCCAGGAAAGACCUACAAAAAAAAGUUGGGUCUGUUUGUCACACGAUGUUCAACUUCUGGAUAAUAUUGUUUAUGUCUCUGGUGCCAAUGGUCGCCUGCAAAGAAGAUGGCCCGGCAAGGAUGAGAAUUCGUCUUGGAAAUGAUAACCCCGUAGUAGUUUUUAUGAUGAACGAUAUCAAUCAGUACUAUACCACCAGAGGAGAGGGUACAGUUCAGACAAUUUUAGCUCCAGAGGCAUAUAUUAUUGAACCGACAGGAACGAAAUACGAGAUAUCUGUUCAUGUUACCACCGGAAGCACGUCACGCGAAUGCACUUCGACUAUCAUGGAACGCCCAUGGCUCAAUGACCAAGAGAAGUACGAAAAACUGGAAGGACCUAACUGCAUUGGGAUUUACUUUUAAACUUCGGCUACAAGGACUCCAUUACCAAUGACAUGUCAUGUUAAUAUAAUUUUUCAUGAAA